AAGAAUGGGGUGGGAACUACUUUUAUCCUCUUAUAAUAAAACCAAUGCAUACUAAUUGUAGAUUAUUAGAUAAAUUAGAAAAAUAAAAUUAAACUUACCCAUUCUCACAGAUCAGUGUUGCUAACAUUUUGAUACAUUUCUUUUCAGCCAUUUUUCCUCUGUGUAUUUUUUAAAAACAAAUUUACUAUUACAGUGUAUAUGUAAUUUUAUAUUUAAUUUUCCAUUAACUAUAUCGAGGUUUAUUUUCCUUUCAUUACAUUCUUCAGAGACCUGAUUUUCAAUGACAUCUUAGCUUGUCAUCAUGAGGAUAUACUAUAACAUUCAGCCAGUAUCUUAACAAUUAGUGUCCGGUUUUCACUAUUAAAAAUAGUGAAAAAUAGGUUGAUGAAUCCUUUGAAAGUAUAUCUUUGUUACUCUAAGUUAUUUAGAAUGAAUUCUUGAAUUAUUGAAUAUUUUAAGGUCUAUGCUUUUGUCAUAUAGAAAAUGAUGUUUCCUCAUAUACAUAUUUAUAUUUUAUUUCUGAGGCGCUUAAUAUUUGAAUUUUAGACUUUACUCGGUUUCUUUUAUAAACCAAAGUGAAAUAUAAUUAAACUUCAGUAUUACUUGAUGGUGAAGUAUGCCUUCAUAGUAAAACCCACUAAUCAAAAUUAUUAGUGAAUAUCUGAAAUUUUUAUUACCCAGUUAUCUGAAUUAAAUGUAUUUCUUACUAAGAACUAUAAUUUAAAAGAUAUGUACUCAAUUAUAAAUGAAUUCACAUUAAAGCAAACUUGUUACCAAAAUAUGUAAUCUCUAGCUGUGUUAAAGUUUCACUUUACUUAGGUAUUCAAGAAACGUCUUCAGCCAGAAAGGGGUGGAGCAUGUUUGAGACUUCUUGUGCUCCUAUAGCCUAUAGAGAAGCCAAGGCCCUGGUCUUUAUAAACUGAAGUCCUUUAUUUCAGAGAAUAUGAAAAUUAGCUUAUCUUUGAGGGAUUUCCACUGGACAAAGCAGUUGCCUAUGCAAAACUCAGGAAUCCAUUUGUAAUCAAUGACUUGAAUAUGCAGUAUCUCAUACAAGAUAGGAGAGAAGUAUACAGUAUUCUUCAGGCUGAAGGUAUUUUACUUCCACGUUACGCAAUUUUGAACCGUGACCCAAAUAAUCCCAAAGAGUGCAAUCUGAUUGAAGGUGAAGAUCAUGUAGAAGUAAAUGGUGAAGUUUUUCAAAAGCCAUUUGUAGAAAAGCCAGUCAGUGCAGAGGAUCAUAAUGUUUACAUUUACUACCCAACAUCUGCUGGUGGUGGAAGUCAAAGACUUUUUCGGAAGAUUGGCAGUAGAAGUAGUGUUUAUUCCCCAGAAAGCAAUGUACGAAAAACAGGCUCAUAUAUAUAUGAAGAGUUUAUGCCCACAGAUGGUACUGAUGUAAAGGUUUAUACAGUGGGUCCAGAUUAUGCUCAUGCUGAGGCUCGAAAAUCUCCAGCCCUCGAUGGCAAGGUGGAACGAGAUAGUGAGGGAAAAGAAGUUAGAUACCCUGUUAUUCUGAAUGCACGCGAGAAAUUAAUUGCUUGGAAAGUCUGCCUUGCUUUUAAGCAAACAGUUUGUGGUUUUGAUUUGUUACGGGCCAAUGGACAGUCCUAUGUCUGUGAUGUCAAUGGCUUCAGUUUUGUGAAAAAUUCCAUGAAGUAUUAUGAUGAUUGUGCAAAAAUACUUGGCAAUAUUGUAAUGCGAGAGCUUGCUCCACAAUUUCAUAUCCCCUGGUCAAUACCUUUAGAAGCUGAAGAUAUCCCAAUUGUACCAACUACAUCUGGAACUAUGAUGGAACUCAGAUGUGUCAUAGCUGUAAUACGUCAUGGGGAUCGAACACCAAAACAAAAAAUGAAAAUGGAAGUGAGGCAUCAAAAAUUUUUCGAUCUUUUUGAAAAGUGUGAUGGAUAUAAAUCUGGGAAAUUAAAACUCAAAAAGCCAAAACAAUUACAGGCAAUGCUGGACAUUGCCCGACAACUUCUUAUGGAGCUGGGGCAAAAUAAUGAUUCUGAAAUUGAAGAAAACAAGUCAAAACUUGAACAACUUAAGACCGUAUUAGAAAUGUAUGGCCAUUUUUCUGGAAUAAAUCGUAAAGUCCAACUAACUUAUCUCCCUCAUGGUUGUCCUAAAACAUCUAGUGAAGAGGAAGACAGCCGAAGAGAAGAACCAUCCUUACUUUUGGUUCUAAAAUGGGGAGGAGAACUAACUCCUGCAGGCAGGGUCCAGGCCGAAGAACUUGGAAGAGCUUUCAGGUGUAUGUAUCCUGGAGGUCAAGGAGAUUAUGCAGGAUUUCCUGGUUGUGGUUUACUUAGAUUACAUAGUACCUACCGACAUGACCUCAAAAUAUAUGCCUCUGAUGAAGGACGAGUCCAGAUGACUGCAGCUGCUUUUGCAAAGGGGCUCUUAGCCCUAGAAGGAGAGCUUACACCCAUUCUUGUUCAGAUGGUUAAAAGUGCGAAUAUGAAUGGUCUUUUGGAUAGUGAUAGUGACUCUUUGAGCAGUUGCCAGCAACGUGUGAAAGCAAGACUUCAUGAAAUACUUCAGAAAGAUAGAGAUUUUACGGCUGAAGAUUAUGAAAAGCUUACUCCAUCUGGGAGCAUUUCUCUUAUCAAAUCAAUGCAUUUAAUUAAAAAUCCUGUGAAGACCUGUGACAAAGUUUAUUCCUUGAUACAAAGUUUGACUUCUCAGAUCAGACAUCGAAUGGAAGAUCCCAAAUCAUCAGAUAUUCAACUUUACCAUAGUGAAACAUUAGAGCUUAUGCUACGUAGAUGGUCCAAGUUGGAAAAAGACUUUAAAACAAAGAAUGGAAGAUACGACAUUAGUAAAAUCCCUGAUAUAUAUGACUGUAUAAAAUAUGAUGUUCAGCAUAAUGGUUCCUUGAAAUUAGAAAAUACAAUGGAAUUAUACAGGCUUUCAAAGGCAUUAGCAGAUAUUGUUAUCCCUCAGGAAUAUGGUAUAACUAAAGCUGAAAAACUGGAGAUUGCCAAAGGCUACUGUACUCCUCUAGUUAGAAAAAUUCGCUCAGACCUUCAGAGGACACAAGAUGAUGACACUGUAAAUAAACUCCACCCUGUGUAUUCCAGAGGUGUUCUGUCUCCUGAACGUCAUGUCCGUACCAGGUUAUAUUUUACCAGUGAAAGUCAUGUACAUUCUUUACUAUCUAUUCUUCGCUAUGGUGCCUUAUGCAAUGAAUCGAAGGAUGAACAGUGGAAACGGGCUAUGGAUUACUUAAAUGUUGUCAAUGAACUCAAUUAUAUGACUCAGAUUGUUAUCAUGCUUUAUGAGGAUCCUAACAAGGAUCUUUCCUCAGAGGAACGCUUUCAUGUUGAAUUACAUUUUAGUCCUGGAGCUAAAGGAUGCGAAGAAGACAAAAAUUUACCAUCAGGCUAUGGAUAUAGACCAGCUUCAAGAGAGAAUGAAGGCAGGAGAUCUUUUAAAAUUGAUAAUGAUGAGGAACCACAUACUUCUAAAAAAGAUGAGGUUGAUCGUGCUGUGAUACUGUUCAAACCAAUGGUAUCAGAGCCAAUUCAUAUACACAGGAAGUCUCCACUUCCAAGAUCUAGGAAGAUGGCUACAAAUGAAGUAAAUAAUUCAAGUAAAACCUUGAAGACUUUUUCCAGCGUCCACCAUCUCCAUGGAUAUCAGAAGUUUGUACUUCCAAAAGACACACAGAGAGAAAGACUAUUCUCUUCAUUUUGUGCAAAGAGCCCCCUGAGUGUGUCUAGCCCAGAGGGUACUGGUACCUGGCUGCAUUAUACCAGUGGUGUGGGUACUGGGCGUCGAAGACGCAGAUCAGGGGAACAAAUCACUUCUUCCCCUGUCUCCCCCAAAUCAUUGGCUUUCACAUCCAGUAUUUUUGGCUCAUGGCAACAGGUUGUAUCUGAAAAUGCUAAUUAUCUGCGAACACCAAGAACUCUUGUGGAACAGAAGCAGAACCCUACUGUAGGGUCUCACUGUGCGGGCCUGUUUAGCACCUCGGUGCUCGGGGGUUCUUCAAGCGCACCUAACCUACAGGAUUAUGCUCGUACUCAUCGUAAAAAGCUGACUUCUUCUGGCUGCAUAGAUGACGCCACACGCGGUUCUGCUGUUAAAAGGUUUUCUAUCUCAUUUGCUCGACACCCAACCAAUGAACACCUACACCUCUAUAGGUGCUGGUCCGUUUCCUCUGUGGAAUGUCUAGGCUCCAGUGGCUUUGAAUUGUAUUCCAUGGUGCCAUCUAUUUGUCCUCUAGAAACUCUUCACAAUGCCCUGUCUUUAAAGCAGGUGGAUGAAUUUCUUGCUUCCAUUGCUUCUCCAUCAAGUGAAGUUCCACGGAAGACCCCUGAAAUUUCCUCUUCAGCUUCACGUUCCAGUCCAGUAAUGAGAAGAAAAAUAUCUUUAAAUACGUAUACACCUGCAAAAAUCCUCCCAACACCACCAGCUACCUUAAAGAAUACGAAAGCAAGCAGCAAGCCAGCUACCAGCGGACCUUCUAAUGCCGUUGUUCCUAAUACCUCAUCUCGAAAAAAGACUAUAGCUAGCAAAACAGAAAUGCAUGAACACAAAAAAACCACUGGGAAAAAGAAAUGAAAUCUUAGCGGAAGCUGGAGCUCCAUAUAUUUAUAAAAAUCACAUUGUUCGAUAGAAAAAGACACGUAAUAAACCUUGACUGAAAACUGUCAAAGCAAGUAAUUGAUGUUUCUCCUUAUACACCUCUGUAUUCAUUUUAAAAUAUGUUAAAUCUAGAGAAUUCUUUGUAUAUAUUCAGGUAAGGACCUUUUCUCAUGAUCUUGAAAUGUUUAAAACAAUGUUUAUUAACAUUUUAGCAAAACUUACGGUGAUGAAGGUCUGUCAUUCUUAAUAUUAUGUUUGCUAUGUGCCCUCUGUAAAGAAAACGACAGGAGACCUCAGCUAGCCUGUCCCAGUGUCUCACCAGUAAUGCUGUUUACUCAAGAAUCUGUGAGGUGACCUCUAUACAUACUUUCAUUUUCACGGGAUUGUAUGUCAGCUAUAAAAACCUAUAGCUUGAGUUGGAAUUUGACAGCCAGGAUUACAUAUUAUAGAUUUUUAAAGUAUAUUUCCAAAGAGAUUUCACUGACCAUUUGGGUUAGAAACUUUUUUCCUCCAAUUGUUAGAAUUACAUAUAUGCUGCAAUAUUUAAUAACUGGAGUACUAGCAUAUGGGUUAUUUUUCCAAUAUGUGCUUUGAGGUUUUUUUUUUUAUUGUGUAUUAUUUAAAAUAUUACAUAUACAGCUGGGGUGACUACACCUUUAUGUGCAUAAAUUUCUAUAUUAAUUUGUAGAAAAUACUUGCUUUAUAUAUUUCCUUAUCAUAGGGUGCUUUUGCUCAUCAGGAAAAUACUGCUUUAUGUAUCGGGAAGAAAGACAUCUUUAGAAUUUCUUUUUAAGAGACAUAGUUGAUAAGUUUAUAAAUGUUACACUUAUUUUCAGAGUUCUUUUUAGAUCUAAGGAAACCAGUUCAAAAAUGGAUAUCAGCAGUGUGAGGAGAAUGUCUCAAUUCUGUAGUUAGGAGAUAUUAUGCAUAACACCUCUUUUUAGCAUUUCCAUUCUUAUCUCUAGUGUAUCAGUUAAUCUCACUAAGAAAGCUUAAAGAUUGAACAUUGGAUAUAAAUGCUCUUUUCAAACUAUUAGAUUUUGAAAGGAAAUUGAGAUCAUUGUUUUGUGAUUUCAUUUGUGAUGUGAAAAAAUAUUUAUUGUAUUGGUGCUUUUUUAUCCCCUAGUGCACAAAUAAUUAUAAGCCACUUGAAUGACUUAAACUGUAAACCAAACAAUACAACCUGGUAAGAAUUCCAUGCAUUGCCAGUCAGGUAACUUAAGUUGCUAAAGCUUUACUUUGAAGCUUGUAUUUAGGAUAUUAUUGAAUUCUCAUACGAACACAACUAUUAAAACUCUUCAGGAGGCUCUCCUAACUUUAAAUCAUCACCUAUGAAUUGACAUUUAGAAAAUAAACAUAUUAAGUGUUAGUUUUAAAAGGUACCAGAUGCAAAAGUCACAAAUAUAUACAAUUAUAUAAGUUCAUAUACUUCACGUGAAUGUACUUGUAUUAUAUGGAGACAUGUCUUGUAAACAGUUGAAUGUACCUAAACUUUCUGUAUGUGAAAAUGUUAAUGUGCUCAGUGUGGGAGUAAGAAGCUACUUUUAUUUUUUAAGUGGAACUUAAUUAAAAUAUUUUAUUUCCAGAAUCAGAG